AUGAAUACUAUUGUAAUCGACCUUACUAUUAAUAAGUUAAGAAAACACAUUAUUGUCAUUAUUGUUAUCAUCACUAACAUUACUGUUAUAUAUUUUUCCGAGCGAGAUCACAAAAUACUGUUCCCAGACUACUACUUCUUUGCCGAAAGAAGUUUGGUAAACCAUAUUAUCGAAGAGAAACGCGUCAAGAACUUGGACAACUGUGAGCUUUUGUGCUACCUGAACGACGACUGUGUCAGUCUUAACUUUAAAAAAGAUCCUGAAGAUAAUGAAUCAGUUCACAUCUGUGAACUAAAUAACGCAACGUAUCUGAAAUAUGACAGUGACUUGGACUUGACAACUGAUGCCAAUUUUUAUUAUCGUGGCUCGAAGGGCUCAUACCACUGCUCUUGUAAUCCCACAUACGUUGGGAAUUGUUUUGAAUGCAAAGCUGAUCAUUGCUAUCAUUAUAAAAACCUGAGUGAUGCUCAUAGAAAGAUAAGUUACGUACCACCUUACGGUUCAGAGUUGUGUGACAGCCAACUCCCUCAGGGAUGGUAUCGUUUGGUGGGAGCUGCCGGAACAAAAAUGCCAACAACGCGUGUGGCGGUAUACAGAUGUGGUGCAGACUGGUCAGGCUGGUUGGAUGAUGCUCAUCCUACGGUGGAAGAUGGUAAAGGAAGAAGUAAAUCCGACAUUUACGGUAGAGAAAAAGAUAUGGCGUCCAAAGAGAAACAGACAAUCGUUGUCGAUCGUGUUCAUUCAAAACGUGAAGGUCCAGAGGAACAGCCAUCAGAAACCAGAGUCAGACAUGUAUCGGCAGCUAUCAAUUGUCUCGCAAGGUGCCGUCGAAAAAGUUUGAUAACCAUUGUUGCUAUCAUAGUGUCCAUUGCCGUACUUAUCGCAGUGGUGUUUUUAGGAAAACAUCUUACGCAAAGCCAUGACCACAACGAGUUAAGAGAAGAAGUCAGGAACGAUGGUCAAGAUCCAAACAAGGAAGUGGACUGCAUUAACACUAAUGGCUCUUACAAUCGUACCUGUAAGGGUGACUAUGUUAGACCCUUUCAGCCAUGCAGGGACAUGAAUGCGAGCUUAGCCAGAACUAAUACCUCCCGAAACUGUACAGUCGACCCAUGUGUUAAUUACAAAGUCCUGAGUAAUGCCGACAGAAGGAGCUCUUACGUCACAGUCUUCAAUGAAAUGUCAUGUGACAGUGGAUUCUGGGGAUGGUAUCGUUUCGUGGGAGCAGCAGGAACAAGAAUGCCAGACAAAUGCAUUCGUCGGCAUAGAUGUAAUACAGUUCUUUCAGGCUGGUUGAAUGACGACCAUCCUUCAGUGGAAGACGGUGAAAUUUCCAGAAGGGUCUGCUUUUCCCAGCUGCCCUAUGGCUGUUGCAGAUUCAUAUUGGACAUCUCCGUGAUCAACUGUGGGUCUUAUUACAUUUACCGUUUUGUUACACCACCGAAAUGUCCAGGGCGCUACUGUAGUACAGACUAAAUGUAAAGAAAAAAACUUCUACCGGUACAUUUUAACGCUAGUGAAGAUCUGCUGCAUUGUUUUAUUAUAUAAACUGCGGUGUUUUACAAAGAUUUCCAGCCUUGAGGAAAAUCGUGAUUGCGUACGUGUAAAAUUACAUUUUUGUGUGAGUUUAUUUGAUAUCGCCAGUCUGCUGCUGACACUCACUCACCUUUCAUGACAGUGAAGUUCAAACCUUUUUAAAAACGGAAGAAACCAAAACAAGCUUUCUUCUUUGUUUAACAGUCUCAUUAUCUGCACACUUAAAGACAUUUUUCACGAUUUUAUUCAUAUUUUUUUAACUGUUCAUGAAUAAAGUCGACUUCCAUUGUCAGUAA